AGAAAUGUCAGAUUCUUCAAAAAAAAAUAAUUCUGAAAUAUCUCCUAAGCAACAUAAUUUAGAAAAAUUAUUUUCUAAAGAUAAUGAACAAGAAGAACGAAAAAAAAGAAAAGUGAAUGAAAAACCACAAUCUUUAAGAGAUAGAAUGAUGGCUAAAUUAAGAGCUUCUAGAUUCAGAUAUUUGAAUGAAACACUUUAUAAUAAUGAAAGUUCAGAAUCUAAAAAAUAUUUCAAAAAUGAUCCUGAUGCAUUUAAGGCAUAUCAUGAAGGAUAUAAACAGCAAAUCGAACAAUGGCCUUUAAAUCCCCUUGAUGUUAUAAUAUCUUCGAUAAAAAAAAUACCAAAGCAAUAUAUAAUUGCUGAUUUUGGAUGUGGAGAAGCAAGACUUGCUGCUACAGUUCCUCAUAAAGUACAUUCUUUUGAUUUUAUUUCUCUCAAUAAAAAUGUAACUGCUUGUGAUAUAGCACAUACCCCAUUAUUAACAAGUGGAGUAAAUGUUGUUGUGUUUUGCCUAUCUCUGAUGGGAACCAAUCUUAAAGACUAUAUUAUAGAAGCAAAUAGAGUUCUUAAAAAAGAUGGCAUUUUAAAAAUAGCUGAAGUUGAAAGUCGAUUUGAACAUAUAGAAGAUUUUAUAAAAGUAAUAAAUAGUUAUGGUUUCAAAAAUACUUGGAAAGAUUUGUCUCAUAACUUAUUUUAUUUUUUAGAUUUUAAAAAAGAAAGAGACAUUAGUAAUAAAAAUAAGUUACCUCUUAUAACUUUAAAACCAUGUUUAUAUAAAAAACGUUAGAAAUUAAGUAAUAA